CAACAGCAACAGCAACAGCAACUCUCAACUACAUCAACAUCCACGAGUACACGAGGAUGGAAGAAGCACACAUCGACCUCGAGCCCGGGAGCGAGUGGCGGUAUGAGCUGGAGGCGGACGAGAACGUCGCGGUUAGGGUACAUUCUCCCGACCCAGUAUACAUCAACGGCGAGGAGCUGCCCCCAACGACAUGGUACCCGCUGUAUCGGUAUACCAAGGGGGCGAUCUAUGCGCCAACGGCUGCGAGGAUUGAGGUCACGUCCCUCCCCGCGUCGCAGUACACUUCUACAUCAACCAUCCAGCCGCACCUGCAUAGCUUGCAUCUCGCGCUCGAGCGGCUGCGCAUUAUCGCCCGGCGGAGUGGGGAUCGUGGCCCGCGCGUCAUGGUCCUCGGCCCACCGAGUUCCGGCAAGACGACAGUCGUCAAGUGUCUCGUAAACAUGGCGCUGGGCACGGGGUUGGGAUGGAACGUCACAGUCGCCGGCAUCGAUCCCAGCAGUCCCGCCAACCUCAUUCCUGGCACACUAUCCCUCUCGACACCCACCCACGCCCUGCCCUCGCACCACCUCGCGCACCCCUUUGGGAGCCCGCCCGCCUCUCUCCCAUCCAACACACAGUCUGCGGACGUCCCCACCCUAGGCUACUGGUACGGUGCGCUGGAGCCGACGUCGCGCGGCGCGCCGAUCUGGCACAAGCUCGUGGCGUCGAUGAGCGAGGCGUGGCGCGCACGCUGCGCCGAAGAUGCCAACGUCGCGCACAGCGGCUUGUUCAUCGACGCGCCCUCGGCCUUCACGAACCCCGCCACGGGCCAGACGAAGGAAGACCGCACCCGAUAUCCGCUGCUGCGCGCGGCGAUCGCAUCGUUCGACGUCGACCUCGUGCUCGUCAUCGGCCUCGAGAAACUCACUAUCGAGCUGCAGCGCCUGCUGCCCGUCAAGGUUGUGCAGCUCCCGAAAUCCGGCGGCGUCGUCGACGUCGACGACGCCCACCGUGAACUCGUGCACGCCGCACAGGUUCGCAACUACUUCUACGGCGAGCCGACCUUGCCGCCCGCGCUGUCCGGCUUGGUGGGACGCACCACGCCCCUCGGGCUGCAGCUCUCCCCGCACUCGUUCCAGAUUGGGUGGGAUACGCUGCACGUCCUGCGCGUGGGCGAGGGCAACGCCGCACCCACCAGCGCCCUUCCCCUCGGCUCGAGCCACAUCCUCUCGCCUACGCGCCUCACGCGCGUUGAUCCCGGUGGUCCCGCGCAUGUCGUCCGCCUCCUCAACACUGUACUCGCAAUCGUUGCUAUUACGCCCGAGGACCGCACCGAUACGACAGAAGUCAAGCAGGAGGAGGUCAAGGAGGAGCCGCAGGAGGGAGAGGACGUGCCUGACGCCGUGGCUGGUGCUGUCGACCUCGAAGAGGACGAGGUGCCCUUCCGUGAGGAAAUCGGGUGGCGCGAGGUGCUCGGCUUCGUUGUGAUUACGGCGAUCGACACACAGCGUAGAAAGUACACGAUCCUGUCGCCGUCGCCCGGCCGCCUGCCCUCGACCGUCGCGCUCGCAGGGCAUGGCAUCGAGUGGGUCGACUCGGCUUAAUGUAGAUCAUCAAUACAGUAGAUGUCGCGAUGUCUCACUCAU